CCCGCCGGUUGCCGGGGAGCGGCCGCCGAAGCCCGCGGGGCUGGGGAGCAGGCGGCGCCCCGAGGUACUUGCCGAGGACUCCAGACCAUCAGGGCUCCCAGCCAUGCAGCGGCUGGCUCUGCUCCAGCUGGACCACCCCAGCCCGAGGGGGAGCUGCUGCCCUUUCUCUCCUCCGCAGCUCGCCCAGCGACGGCUGACCAUGCAUCCCUGACGCUGGACGUCGCCAGCAGCCCCAGGAGGGAGCUGUCUCCCGGCUCGGCCAGGCUGCCCCCGGGUGUGAGGGCCGGCCCCUGGACUGUGCCGUCCAAGUUGGCGAGCCCGGGGCACUCGGAGGCCGCCCAGCAGCCCACCGCCCAGGGGCAUCUGCAGCCUGAAGUCAGAAUGCUCAAGGGGCAGCUUCCAAACACUGACGAAGACCUCGCCGCCCGCCCGGGGUCCCCGGCCGCUGACGACCGCCGGGGACCCGAGAAGAGCCCCGUGCUCCCUCUGGACACCCCAGCGCAAGUCGGCAACGAGGACCCACAGGCCAGGGGGAGACCCUUCAGCCCGAAGCCGCCGCCGCCGAGGCCCAGGCUGGAGCGAGCACUGUCCCUGGAUGAGAAGGGCUGGAGGAAGAGGCGUUUUCGAACCAGCCGUGAGGACCUGGCCGCGAGGAAUGGGGCCAGCCCCUCCGGGGGCUCCCUGCAGGACGAGGCCCCCGGGACCGCCGCCCGCCGUGGCUCCCCGCCCUGCCUGAGCACCUCCCUGCAGGAGCUCCCCACAACCCGCCGGGCCCCGGGCAGCGGAGGCCCCUGCUCGCGGGGUAACUGUCUUUCCGGAACGAUCAGCACUUCCCUGGACCUCCUGCACCGGGAUGGGGCCUCGGCCGGGAGCACCCCCCGGCUGGCCAGCCUGCUUCCCCCGCGCCCGCUGCCCGCCAUGGAGUGGAACGUCGCCUCCGAGGCCCUGCGGACAGCAAACAAGGUGGACCGGGCUCACGCGGACUUCCAGGCGCGGCGGCAGGCCAGGCUGUUCCGGGCCCCCAGCAGCCUGGGCCCCGGCCGGCCCCCGAGCCCCCUGGCCUGUGACGACUGCUCCCUGCACUCGGCCAGGUCCGCCUUCAGCCUCCUGGUGCCCAUCCGCACCAAGGACGUCCGCAGCAGGAGCUACCUGGAGGGGAGUCUCCUGGCGAGCGGGGCCCUGAUGGGGGCAGAUGAGCUGGCCCGCUACUUCCCAGACCGGAACAUGGCCCUCUUCGUGGCAACGUGGAACAUGCAGGGACAGAAGGAGCUGCCCCCGGACCUGGACGAGCUCCUGCUGCCGGCCGAGGCUGACUUCGCUCAGGACCUGUACGUCGUCGGGGUCCAGGAGGGCUGCUCCGACAGGCGGGAGUGGGAGACGAGGUUGCAGGAGACGCUGGGCCCCCACUACGUCAUGCUGUACUCGGCGGCCCACGGGGCGCUCUACAUGUCCGUGCUCAUCCGCAGGGACCUCAUCUGGUUCUGCUCAGAGGUGGAGAGCUCCACGGUGACCACGCGCAUCGUGUCGCAGAUCAAAACCAAGGGGGCCCUGGGCGUCAGCUUCACCUUUUUCGGCACCUCCCUCCUCUUCAUCACAUCCCACUUCACCUCUGGAGACGGGAAGGUGGGCGAGCGGCUGGUGGAUUACAGCAAGACCGUGCAGGGCCUGGCGCUGCCCAGGAAUGUGCCGGACACCAGCCCCUACCGCUCCGACGCCGCGGACGUCACCACCCGCUUCGACGGGGUCUUCUGGUUCGGAGACUUCAACUUCCGCCUGAGCGGCGGGCGGGCGGCCGUGGAAGCCAUCCUGAAGCAGGACCCGGGCGCCAGCGUGCAGGCCCUGCUGCAGCACGACCAGCUCACCCGGGAGAUGAAGAGAGGGUCCAUCUUCAAGGGCUUCCAGGAGCCGGACAUCCACUUCCUGCCGUCGUACAAGUUCGACGUCGGGAAGGACUCGUAUGAUACGACCUCCAAGCAGAGGACCCCUUCGUACACGGACCGCGUCAUGUACAGGAGCCGCCACAGGGACGACAUCUGUCCCGUCAAGUACUCCUCCUGCCCCGGGAUCAGGACGUCCGACCACCGCCCCGUGUACGGCCUGUUCCGGGUCAGAGUGAGGCCGGGGAGAGACAACAUCCCGCUAGCCGCCGGCAAGUUUGACCGAGAACUGUACCUGAUAGGAAUUAAGAGACGGAUUUCCAGAGAGAUCCAGAGACGGCAGGCGCUGAAGAGCCAGCACUCCAGCGCCAUCUGUACCGUCUCUUGAGGGA